CUCGACGCUCCCACUCCCACCGGAGCGCGGCGACCGGAGCACCCCAUCUCCGACGCGCUAUAUAAACCCCUCCUCCCCCCGGCUCUCCGUCCCCCAUCGCUGUGAUUACCCACCACAAUAAAACCAAUCUAACCCCGCCUGCAGAUCCGCUCCAUCGAUUCCCUCCCUAAAUCCUCCGCCAUUUUUUUGUUUGAUCGGAGCUUAGGGCUAGCGCUACCUCCGCCGCGCGGCGCCGUGUUAGGUUUUAUAGGCAGCAGCGGCCGCCGCGCGGUUGGUAGGGCUAGGGUUUUGGGGGUGGUGGUGGUCUGGAGUUGCGGGGUGGGGAUGGAUCGGAAGAAGGCGGGGGUGCCGCUCGUGUGCCACGGCCACUCGCGGCCGGUGGUGGACCUCUUCUACAGCCCCGUCACGCCCGACGGCUGCUUCCUCAUCAGCGCGAGCAAGGACUCAAACCCAAUGAUUCGCAAUGGUGAUACUGGAGAUUGGAUUGGGACCUUUGAAGGUCACAAAGGUGCUGUUUGGAGCUGUUGCCUUGACACCAAUGCUCUACGUGCCGCCUCUGGUUCUGCUGACUUCUCAGCUAAAGUAUGGGAUGCACUAACUGGUGAAGAGCUUCACUCCUUCGAACACAAGCACAUUGUUCGUGCAUGUGCUUUUUCUGAGGACACCCACCUGUUACUUACUGGAGGUCUUGAGAAAAUUUUACGUAUAUAUGAUAUGAAUCGCCCAGAUGCAGCCCCAAGAGAGAUUGACAAAUCUCCUGGCUCUGUCAGAACUGUUGCUUGGCUUCAUAGUGACCAAUCUAUAUUAAGUUGCUGCACUGAUAUGGGUGGCGUAAGGUUGUGGGAUGUAAGGAGUGGAAAAAUUGCUCAAACUCUUGAAACCAAGGCUACUGUUACUAGUGCAGAAGUAAGCCAAGAUGGCCGGUACAUCAUUACAGCUGAUGGUUCCAGUGUCAAAUUUUGGGAUGCAAAUUACUUCGGACUUGUUAAGAGCUAUAAUAUGCCAUGCAAUGUGGAAUCAGCUUCUCUUGAACCAAAGUAUGGGAACAAAUUCAUUGCUGGUGGAGAAGACAUGUGGGUCCAUGUCUUUGAUUUCUUCACUGGUGAAGAAAUAACUUGCAACAAAGGCCACCACGGUCCAGUCCAUUGCGUCCGGUUUGCUCCUGGCGGCGAGUCGUAUGCAUCAGGAUCAGAGGAUGGAACCAUCCGAAUCUGGCAGCUGGGCCCAGCUACCAGUGACGAGCAAGAGUCGCCGCCGAAUGCAAAUGGGAAGCUGAAGGUCAACACGGUGAGUGACGCUGCUCGCAAGAUCGAAGGCUUUCACCUCCCCAAGGACGGCCAGACUGAGGGAUAGAUACUAGUGCGGCACCGCUUUGAUUCAUGCCUGGGAAUGUGAUGGUUUGAGAUUUGUGUUGUCAAAGCUGGUGUUGCCUGUCUUGCUUCCCAAUUUCCCUUUGAUGGAUGGUAUCCUUCCGAACCAGGUGGUUUUGCAGCCUUGAGAAAAAUGGUGGGUUUUAGUAACAGCAAUGGUAUUUCCAAAAGAAGAUAGAGAGAGAGAGAGGCCCCGGGGGGGGGGGGUGAAAUUUUGUAUGAGGCCUCCUAACUCCAAUAGUCACUGCCAAUAUCUAAUGCCAAAAGGUUGAAAAAUUAUAAUUUCGUUUGCAUUA